AGAAGAGAUCCCGGCGGAGCUGAAGAAGCGCCUGUCGACGCUCGAUAAGGAUUUUGCGGAGAGAGUUCCGCAGGUCUUUCGUGCCCUUCGUGUGUCAGCCCUAGACCGCAGCCACAUUCCGCGUCUCAUGACAUCGAUUUUUAAGCCCGGCGUUGCUCUGAAUCCAAACGAGAAGCAAAUGUGGCUCUUCCUGUGGGAGCGUUUUGUUUCGAGUUACGAACACGAUAAGGACGUGCACAACAUACCUGCAGAGGUGCAGCGGAAGAUUUUGCUCCUCACUACUAGUUGCGUCCUCGUUCGCGUUGCGGAAGGAUUUGAGAUCUUCUCUUAUCGAGCAGUGAUGAAUGAGGACGCAGCCGUGAAAGAAGAGUUGGAGAAACCAGAGCGAGGAUUUAUGGUCCUGGAUGCUAAGGUAGAGACCGCAAUGAGUUCACAAUUUCGUUCGCAGUGGGCUAAGCUCCUUGGAAUCACCAAUCCCAGCGUCAGGUUCCGGAAGGAACUGCACGAGGACUUUGUCUUUUGCGACGCCGACGCGCCCGACUUGCAGAGGUUGCGGGACUUCGUCUCUGGUCGCGGCGUAGAGUCAGGACAGGUCCGACUUCCGUUUGUGGAUGCACUUCUCGGCCCCGAAACUGGUCUAUUUCCCCAGAUGGAUGAUGCGGCUCGCGACGAGACUGCAAAAAAGGUUCGCUCUUUUUUUCAAAACUUGGAAGUGAGAACAGUCGGCAACCUGCAGAAGAAACUCUUGGAUGCGAGGGCACCUGACGGGGAGCCAGUGUGCGUGUACCCUGUGAAGACGUAUUUCCAUCUUCACGAAGAGUCCUUGAUCGACGGAAAUACAAGACAACCCGUGGCCGUUCUCUAUCUUGAAAAAUCGCUGGAUGCGUCGUCUUUCUCGUGCACUUGGCAAAUUGCGGGGGAUCUAACGGGCGCAAUCGAAAGGGUUGCCGGCACUCAGACAAACCAGGGUGCGCGCUGGUUCGUACUGACAGUUUUGGAAGGCUACAAGCGGGACUUGCAGGAAUUGGUCUCAACACCGAGCUUGAUGAGACAGGAGCAGCGUGUCGGAGUAAAGGUGCAGCCUCAUCUAGUGGAGCUGCAAGGCAGCCCAACGCUGCUUUUCCGAGAAGGAGAACAUGUGGUGAGGUACGACGCGAACAGGGACGAGUACUUCAGCGCAACGAUUGUUGCGGCGCAGCCCCACCCGAAUUACGGAGAUGAUGAUCCCUGGCGAGUACUGAACGCCACAUACCUUGUGCUUGUGGACGUCAAUCGAGCGCAGCAGCGAAGCGAGGAAUUUUUGUCGCACCAUGACCUGUACAAGUACUACGACAAUACCCGGGGCCAGCGGGUGAACGAGUUUUUUUCUUCCAGUACCGUUCUGGCACUGCCUCUGGUGAACGCUCCGAAUGCAGCAGGUGUGACGCCCUUGCAAAGUGGCAACCUGAGUCCAAGUGUGCAGAACCUCCGGAAGCAGCUGGCGGAUCACGAGCACAUCGUCUCUGCGGCUGAUUACAAGAAACUCCUGCGCCGACUCAUCGUGCAUUGGCAUCCGGAUAAGCUGUCUGUUCCGGAGCCCCUCGCGACUGAAGGCACGAAGUUCUUGACGCAAGUCUAUGAAAGGUUUUCGGAAGACGAGAGCUACCGGUACACUUCUGACGAACUGCAAGCGGAGGUGGACCAGCAACGCAAUCAGUAUGCUUUUCAUCCGCGACCGCGAGCUGCAACUGGAGGGACAGCAGGAACUUCUCAAGAGUACCAAGAAUGGGGGCGAGCGGCCCGCCAGCAUCGACGUGAGCAGCAAGCGGCCUCGAGUGCGCUGCGACCACCCCGCGACGGACAAGCCGGGAGUCCGGGGGUCAUCCAAGACGUGGAGGACGACGCAAGCGACGAGGAGCAAGCUGUUGUGCUCGGAGAUGACAGCGCGGCUGCGGCACAGGCUGAGGCUGCAGAGUACGUGGCCCUCGGACUUGAACUUAGAGGGUACAUUGACGCAGACCUUGCCGGAAAUCGCUUUGAUUCCGCCUGCUACUAUGCGUUUUCCGCUGUUCACAAGUUGUUACUCGGCAAAGCGAGACAAGCUGGCUAUCAAAAGCAUCCUGCGAAAGGCUCGAGUGCAAAUUUUAGCGCCCGAGGAUUGUCGCUGCUGUACAAGUCGCUGUUGCAAGAUAACGUCGCGGUGCACGACGAGGAACUCGAGAAAAAAAUCAAGGACGUCCAAGGUCUUUUCAUGAAGACUCAGAAGCCAGCAGCACGGGCGAAACUCACACUGGAGUACGCUACAAGAAUGCGCGACUAUGUCAAUGAAAUUUUCGAGUACUUCGGCAAUUGACAAUCGCGCGAACCAAAAACAUACGCCACAACUUAGACGUGAGCCAUACUUACAGCCUGAUAAUCUUCACUAGGGUAAGACCCCCUUUAAGUUAUAGAAUCGUCCAUAGGUCCACAGCAAAAUUUGAUAGUGUUGGAUACACAUGGUAAGUUCUUGUAACUGCGGGCACCAUGGCGGUGCAGUUCAACACUAGGUAUAGUUGAUGAAUGCGCUGUCAUCGUUUCUGUAUCUGUUUAUGCGCAGUUUUGAUUUGAAUUUGAUAGAAGAGAAACGAAACACACGGAAGCCAGCGGAACGCGGAUGCCAAAGAACUAGGUAUUACCAUAGAAACAUCCCGAAUCCACCAGUGUAGUCCUGUGGAAGACGACAGAACUUUUCUUCUCUUGCCUGCAAACUGGUCCGCGAUCACUAAUUUUGAGCGUUUUUUAUAUCAUUGUUGGUUUCGUUUUUUUUGAAUUGAACAGGAGCGCAUAGGUAUACUUAGCUGAGAUUGCGCUGCUGCUUUGUGAACUGGACAGACCUCAUUCGAUCAAAAAUUAUUCCGGAGACCGACAAUCCCUCAUUCAAUAUAAAGGCGAGACCGAUUCGCGCGAGACGUACUUGUUUGGUAUAAGCUUUUUGUGUGGUGCACAUUGUGCCUUCCCGCCACAAAGCACGCAGAAAAAACUAGCAAUGGCAUCAGAUUGGCACGAAAAUAUCCUAAUGAAGAAAAGGCAGUGAC